GGAGUUUUCCUACCAGAGUAGUUGGCCGGUCUCGCAGAAACAUUUGCCUUGGUGUGGACUGACUUAUGCUGAUUGGAUAGCUGCCUCUACGGCCGGUGAGGCUAUGGGACCGCUGAGGUGAAGUGAGGAUCUUCAAGGUCAUGAUUGAGACCAUCCUGACUGUGCCCAGGCGUCCAUUCUCCUCCUCUCCCCGUGUCUGGACCAACUGUCUCCCCGGAGUCAAAGGAAACCGUUUACACAACCGCGAUCGGCGCUAACUCAUCAAUCUUGUUGGCAAAGACCAUUGUCAGCCAGUGUCAGACGACUCAAUCAAAUCGCCACAAACCAUGGCCUCCUCUGCGAACCACGUGAAUCACGCAGACCCGCACACGGAGGGCUCGCGACAGGCGAAGGAAGUGGCUGUGAUAGUAAAUCACCCGGACCCCGCCAUGCCACGCGCGCUCCGUCCCCGGGAAGCCGCCGUGCUGGUCUGCUUGUUCAUGUCUCUGGCGGUCUGCGUGAUUUUCGGCGUGAUGUUAGCGACAAGAGGCGGAGUCCACGAGAUAGAAAGCGCUUCUGACGGACACGUUUGCCUCACCGCCGACUGUAUCACCUCAGCGGCACUACUACUGGCCAGCAUGGACCCUACAGCCGAUCCCUGCCACGACUUCUUCCAGUUCUCCUGCGGAGGCUGGCUCCAGGACAACCCCAUCCCUCCGGAGCAGAAGCAGUGGGGGGUCGACUCCAAGAUGUGGGAAACCAACGAGAAGAUCUUGAGGAGGCUCCUCGAAACGCCGACUUUAAGAAACUCGACAGAAUCGUACGAGCGGAAGGCCAAGGACUAUUUCCAGUCGUGUAUGGAGAAGGAGGCUAGAGAACAGGCUUCGGGGCGGCCUCUUCUGGAGCUGAUGGACCAGUUAGGAGGCUGGGCAGCCGUAGGGAACUGGAGCGAGGCUACCUGGGACUUUAACGACACCUUCACCAAGUUACACCUGGAUCUGAAGGUGGACGCGCUCUUCUUCUUAUGGGUCAACUUCGACGAUAAGGAUUCAUCCAAGUACGUCUUCAGGAUUGACCAGGGAGGGCUGGGGUUACCCGACAGGAGCUACUACAUCAGCAAGGAGUCGCUCAAGGUUGUCGAUGCGUACAGGAAGCUGAUAGCCCGGGUGGUGCAGCUGUUGGGGGCAGACCCGGACUCAGCCCAGGACUCCGCUCAAGAUGUGGUCAACUUCGAGACGAAACUGGCAGAGCUGACAGUUCCCGAAUCCGAACGAACCAAUGUGAACGCGCUGUACAACAAUGUCCGGAUCCACGAGCUGAAAACCAUCGCACCCAUGAUUGACUGGGAGUCGUUUUUCCACGCCAUGGUACCGGACCUGCCGUCUGCACGGGUCGUGCUGUACGCUACGGACUACCUGCGGCACAUAUCACAGCUCAUCUCAGACACACCUGCAAGAACGCUGAAUAACUACCUCCUGUGGCGCGUAGCGGCCAGUUUCGUGACGGACCUCAGCCAGCCCUUCAGGAAGGCUCUGGAAGACUUUAACAAGGUAGCUGAGGGUACGGCAGGUGUGACGGAGGAGUGGCGGUUGUGUCUACAGGCGGUGGAUGAGCACAUGGGCAUGGCGCUGGGGGGCAUGUUCGUCAGAGACUCCUUCUCCAAGGAGAGCAAGGAAAAGGUGAAAGAGAUUGCCGUCGACAUCAAAAAAGCUUUCGUCUUUAACUUGGAGAAAAUAGAUUGGAUGGAUGAACAGACCAAGGCGUCUGCCGUCGAGAAGUCGAACCACAUGGUGGAGAAGAUAGGUUAUCCCGACUACAUCCUGAACGACACACUGUUGGACGAAAAGUUCACCGAGCUGCGUGUCGGCAGAGACAGCUUCUUCCAGAACCGAGUGAGCGGGAUGCGGCAUCAGGUGCGGCAGAUGCUGGCAAAGCUGGAGAGGCCGGUGGACAGAACACUCUGGACGAUGCCACCUCAUCUGGUAAAUGCCUACUACUGGCCAAACACCAACGAAAUGGUUUUCCCUGCCGGUAUUCUUCAGAGAUCAUUCUACGAUUCGAAGUUUCCCAUGUCGAUGAACUUUGGCGGAAUCGGAGGUGUGAUCGCGCAUGAGCUGACACAUGGAUUUGACGAUUGGGGAGGAAACUACGACAAGGAGGGGAACCUGAGGUCCUGGUGGUCCAACAGCUCCUGGACAAACUUCACGCGGGCGUCACAGUGCGUCAUAGAUCUGUACAGCAGCUACGUCAUCGAAGGGAAACAGAUAGACGGCAGGUUGACACUUGGAGAAAACAUAGCCGACAUAGGAGGCCUAAAGCAAGCAUAUUAUGGUUAUCAAAUAUGGAAAAAGGUUCACCAGCAGGGUGAGCCUUUACUGCCGGGGCUGAAUAGAACACAUGAGGAGGUGUUCUUCAUGUCCUUUGCACAGAGUUGGUGCAUAACGCAGCGCCCGGAGGCUUUAGAUGUCAUGCUUCUAGUGGAUCCGCACGCGCCACCAAAGUACAGGGUAAUCGGCAGUGUGUCGCAGUUGGCUGAGUUCUCAGAAGCGUUCCACUGUCCGGUGGGGAGUCCCAUGAACCCUGUACACAAGUGUUCAGUUUGGUGAAAACCAUCGGAACAUAAAUAUUUAUUAAUGAACUUUUAAUGAAAAUAUCAUAUGGUAAAUUUAACUAUAAAAUCUCGUUGUUAUGACUUCUGAUCUAAAGUAAACUUAUAGUCACUACAGAUAUUGGUCCUAACUUGAAUACAUUGUAUAAAGGAACCUAGCCAAUGUCUAUAAUAUAUGAUUUUUGAAAACAUUUGGAAAGGAACUUACAUGUAUAUCUCACAUCCUAUCACAGUUUUCUGAAGUAACAAAAUGCCUGCAACCCUCUUGAGCCCAAGUUCGUCACUUGUUAAUUGUUGAAAGAUGAAAGAAAUGUACAAUGUCAAUACAUUUCAACAUUGGUUAUCAGUCAUUCAAUGCUAUGUAUAUACUCUGCAAACUUUAGCUUGGCUGUUAGAAUAAGGCUUAAAGGUAAUUG